AUGUCUCUUGGAACUUUGUACAUCAGAGGUGCUCUUAGAAGAGUUGCCCCGCUUGCCGUUAUCAAGGAGCUUAACCUUGACGUUAAGGUUGUCGAUAUUGCCGAUGCUCCUGAAGAAUUUGCCAAAUACUUCCCUCUCAAGAAGAUCCCUGGCUUUGUUUCUUCUAAGGGUCUUGUCAUCCACGAGGUUAUGGCUAUCACUAUCUACUUGGUCAAUCAGGUUCCAGGAACUAAGCUCCUCGGCUCAAAUAAUGAUGAAUACGCCUCUGUUCUCCAAUGGUUCUCAUUUGCCAACACCGACCUUUGGAACUCUCUCCGCGCCAUCAUCUUCCCUCUCAUUGGCCGUCUCCCUUACAAUAAGAAGGGCGUCGAGACUGCCACUGAAGAUGCAAAAAAGUUUAUCGAUUACCUUGAGAACUCUCUCUCUACAAGAACUUAUUUGGUCGGCGAGCGUUUAACUGUCGCCGAUUACCACCUUGCAGCCGUUACGGAACGCGCUUUUUCCAACAUUUGGGACAAGCCUUUCAUUGCCCAACACCCCAACAUUUACCGCUGGUUUAACACUGUGGUCAGCCAGUUCCCUCUGAACACCAUCUACACUGUUCCUUAUCCUUAUCGUGACGAGGCCGUCAAGUACACUCCUCCCAAGAAGGAGGCUAAGCCUAAGGCUGAGCCCAAGCCCAAGCCCAAGGCUGAGCCCAAGCCCAAGGAGGAGCCCAUUGACGAGCCUCCUAAGGAAAAGAAGGUUGCACACCCUCUUGCUGCUUUGGGUUUGCCCAAGCUUUCUCUUGACGAAUGGAAGCGUACCUAUUCUAACGAGGAGACUCGCGAGGUUGCACUUCCUUGGUUCUGGCAGCACCAUGAUCCUGAGGAGUAUUCGCUUUGGAAGGUUGCCUACAAAUACAAUGACGAAUUGACUCUUACAUUUAUGUCCAACAACCUCGUCGGCGGCUUUUUCAACCGCCUGACUGCUUCAACCAAGUACUUGUUUGGCUGCAUGGUUGUCUAUGGCGAAAACAACAACAAUGGUAUUAUUGGUGUUUUCCUUGUGCGUGGUCAGGACUACGCUCCUGCCUUUGACGUUGCUCCUGAUUGGGACUCUUAUGAGUACACCAAGUUGGACCCAUCAAAGCCCGAGGACAAGGAGUUUAUUGAGGACCUUUGGGCCUGGGACAAGCCUGUCGUGAUUGAUGGCAAGAAGUAUGAAAUUGCCGAUGGCAAGGUUUUGAAAUAA